AUGAUGAUUGACUCGCCCUUCGUCUAUGCCAGGACGUUGGAGGAGUACAACGAAAUUGUCGCGUUGCUGCCCCGAGGCGAUACCGGAUGCUACAAAUACGAAACCGGCACCAACCUCGAAUGUCCCAAAUGCGAGAGUACCCAGAAAUGCCAAUACCAAAUUGCGACCGAUUGCUCCUCAGCUAGCGUAGCUGUAUGCGUUGACUCGGCGACUACCACUACUUCCUCUGGUCCCAACACGGGCGCCAUUGCCGGUGGUGUUGUGGGCGGCGUCGCCUUCAUUGCUCUUCUAACCUAUCUCGCGUGGAGAUUCUUGAUCAAGCCUAGAAGGGCUGAGAGUUCCAUGAUGUCGACAUACGAUGUGGGAGUGAACCCUUCACAAGACUCGGAGAAAGACGGUGCAUCUCGAUUAACUCGUCGCUCGUCAACACACACCGUCCAUUCCAUUGCCUCUACGGUCCUCACCCGAGCCUCCAACAUUAUUCAAAUCGCCUAUAUCCCAGGAGUUACAAACCGGGCCAAUCCAUCCUCUGGAGGAAGCCUUGUACCUCCAGUCCCACCGAUCCCGGCCCAACACACUGGUGGAACAAGAGACUCCUCAAACGAAGAUCAGCACUUCUUUCUACCGGGAGAUCUCCGAGACUCGACAUACUCUGGCCUCUCUGGAUACUCUGACCGCGCAUCGUAUGCGACACACGCUUCGUACGCGCCCCGUUCGAGCAUUGCGUCAACCAUCUACGGCAAACAGGCACAAGUUAUGGCUCCUGGUCAAACCGGCAUGCGAGUGAAGCCUUCGAUCGUCAGUGUAAAGGGCGCCAACGGAGCCCCGGAUAUCACGCCACCCCCUGUACCGCACAUCAACUUCGGCAAGUUUGGAAACCGACCGGAUAGUACAGCCAGUGCCUUUAGUGUCGGCUCAACCUUCCUCAACACCGCAACUCAAGCCCGCGCCCAGGUUGUUAAGGUCGGAGGCGGAUUGAAGCCUGUUGAUAUUGGCUCAAAGUCUGAUGCCAGCUCUAGCAAGUCUGCGGCCACCGGGUCAUCCCACUUGGACUCGCCUGCCACUCUCGGUGCAAUGACUAUGAUGCCGAACGUUUCAGCUCCUUCCAUCACUGUUACCUCUGACCAAGGCCCUUUCUCAGAUCCUCCCCACACGCCCACCGCUUCCCUUCGCCCAGUAGUAGAGGCUGAGUUGGAAGGUGACAACGUGAUGAGGAGGCCGGAAACACGAGAACGGGCAACGAGCCCUUUCGGGGAUGAACAUGCAACCAAAUAA